UCCGGGAAGUGACGAUUUUUUUUGGCGCUACCUUUGAUUGAUGUGCGGAGCGGGAAGAAGAGUAGCGUUGUUUGGCUUUUCCUUUAAAAGUGGAAAACACGAAAUCAACGUUCAAUUUACAAUUAGUGACACUAUACGGUACCGAUCAGAAUGGCGACACCUCCAAAGAGAUGUUUCACACCCGAUUCAAACCGCAGAGAAGAGAAGAGGUGCAAGAAGAUAUCCAUAGAGGGAAACAUCGCUGCAGGUAAAUCCACACUGGUGCGUGUGUUGGGCGAUCGGUUAGAGGACUGGGAAGUGGUUCCUGAGCCCAUUGGGAAGUGGUGCAGCCUCCAGAACAAAGCAGACGACGUUAACCAGGACCUGAGUUCCUCCCAGAAGAGUGGAGGAAAUAUUCUCCAGAUGAUGUACACUGAUCCCCGCAGGUGGUCCUACACCUUCCAGAGUUAUGCGUUUCUCAGUCGGAUUCGUGCCCAGCUGCAGCCUCCGUCUCUCAAGCUGGCUGAAAAACCUGUCGUCUGCUACGAGAGAUCGGUCUACAGCGACAGGUAUGUGUUUGCGUCUAGUCACUAUGAGUCAGGGAACCUGACCUCGGAAGAGUGGAGUGUCUACCAGGAUCAGCACACCUGGCUGCUCUCCCAGUUCCUCCCCAUGAUCCAUCUGGACGGGAUCAUCUACCUCCGAGCCCAGCCCCAGAAGUGCAUGCAGAGGCUGCAGAUGCGUUCGCGGGAGGAGGAGCAGGACGUUCCUCUGGAGUACCUGGAACAACUUCACCAGAAACACGAUGCCUGGCUGUACCACCGGGACCCCAACCAGGAGUUUGCGUUCAUGAAUGACGUCCCCAUCCUCGUUGUGGACGCAGAUGAGGAUUUUAAAAACGACCGAAUCAAACAAGAAGCCAUCUUGGACAAGGUCCAGGACUUUGUGAGCAGCUUGUAAACCAGGUCCAGGACUUUGUGAGCAGCUUGUAGUCCUGGUUCAAGAUGUACUGGAUGGGUCCCAGCCAAACAACAUAUUUUUUCUUGAAAUGUUUUUUUUUUUUCUUCUUAAUGUCUAACCAGUCUUUGUCAUUACAUGGGUUUGUAAUGACAAAGGGAGUAUUUGGCAUUGCAUGUAAUUUUGUAAAUAUGUACGUUUCUCUGAGGGACUGCUUUUAGAGAGUCUCUAUGUAUGUGCGUGUGUGUGUGCGUGUUACAGACCAUGUAUUUUACUGGAAUAAGUAUUUAAAAUAAACACUACCAACCUCCAAAUUGAAUGUUUUCAUCAUA